AUGGACGACAAUGAAUUUCAACAAUUUCUUACUCUUUUUGGUGAAAGUUUUUAUCAACAUAUUGAAAAAGUUUAUGGAAAAUUUAUUGAAAAAAUAUUACGUUAUCACGAUAUUGAUAAUUAUGUCGUAUUAGGUGAAACUGAUAAACAUGAAAUACUCGAUAUAUUUGAAAAACCUAAUGAUACAAAUACUUCUGAAGAGUUAAUUAAUUUAAAAAAGGAAGUAUGUCAUAUAAUUCAAGAGAUAACAUCAUUAAAAAUUGGAACUAAAAACAAAUUGAUUAGUUUAUUAAAAUUAGCUCAAGAUGUUGUUAAUAAGAAAAAGCUUCUACUGAUGUCUCAAACACGAUUAAAUCGACUUAAUAAAUCUCGUUCAACAUCAUCCUCAUCUAAUAGUAACACAAGUGAUACUGAAAUCAAUCUUAAAAAAUAUAGUACGUUUAUCAACGAAUCAAUUUCAAAAUUAUUAACAAGUAUUAAAAACAAUAUACAUGGUUUUACUAAUACGAAUAUUACGGCAAAAGACUUUAAAGUUAUGAUCGAACAUAUAAAUGAUCGUUCUGAACCAAUUUGUAACAUACAUUGUGUAUGUGGUGAUCGAAUCAAAUUAUACCUUAGAAAUGAUCGAUUUCAAUUAUCAAAUCUACAGAAACAUUUAAUGGUCAUCAAAAAUAAAGUACCAAUUCUUAUAAAUAAUAAUAAUCAACAAACUGAUGAUAUACAAGAUUCAGAUCAAAUUGAUACAGAUAAUCCAGUUUCAAGAAACGAAAGUAGUCCAUCAACUACUCAAAGUGCUCUACGUGAAUAUACAAAUAUCGAUAGCGAUGCUACCGAUGGAAUGACAUCAACAACAGUAAAACAAUCCUACAGCCAAAAUCAAUUACACAUGGAAUCAAAUACUAAUAAACGUAGUACUUUAUCACUUAAAACAACAAAAAUUCAACAAAAUGGGCAACCAGUAUCUCGAAAUUUACCUAAACCAGGUGAAACGCAAAGUUCUAUUACAAUUAUACCUCCAUCAAAAUCGAAAAAACAACUCUUGAAUAAUGAAACAACACAAAUAACAAAUUCAUCUUCUACUCUUCAACAUUCAAAAUCUGUCAAAGAACAGAAUGCAAAUUUGAAUCAAGUUCAUCAACAAAAAAAACGAAAAUUAAUUGAAAACGAUAAUGAAACAGAACCUUUUUCAACAGUAAAGAAUAACAGAAGAAAUAUUAUGCCAACCAUUUCGUUUGACAAAAUUAAUAAUACAGAUAUUUUAUGUUCAUUAUUGAAGACAAUCGAUUUAAAUAGCCAUCGUUCGCCUAAUAAUUAUCGAUACUGUGAUUCAGUAUUACGCUUUGCUACAUGUCUUUUCAUAGUUGCAGGAAUAUAUGCUUACGAAUAUAUUCGUAUCAAUUUGAAGUUUUUAUUACCAUCAAUACAAACUAUAAAAAAAAUUUAUAAUCGUAAUCCAUAUUUAGAAGCUAAAUUUAGAUACGAAGAAUCAAAAAUAUAUCUUGAAUCUAUUCAAUGCAAUUAUAUUUUUUUAUCUGAAGAUUGCUCAGCAAUAAUACCACGUAUCGAAUAUGAUUCAUAUUCAAAUACUUUCAAUGGAUUUGUAACUCCAAUUAUAGAUGGUAUACCACUUGAAAAUUAUUUCAGUUGUAAAACUUAUGAUGAACUUAAACUUUUAUUUGAAACCACAUCACGUGCAAACUUAGUAAACGUUCAUCUAAUGCAGCCUAUUUGUAGUAAAUAUUAUAAUGUAAUACCAUCAGCUUCAGUUCUUGCAGCAUACGGAACGGACAGCAAACUUACUUCAAUGGAUAUUUUAAAACGAUGGUUAAUGAUGUACCAACAGUUUUAUAGUAGAAACAUUCGUGUUGUUGGGUUCUCCACAGAUGGAGACCCAAAAUAUCUUCGAGCUAUGCGUUUGUCUUCUAAUUUUUUCGUUAAAACUCAAACUUUAAAUGUAUCUAAUGAUAAAUUAUCUUUUACAAUAAAUAUUCCUAAUAAUUGGUCAUCAUGGUUUUUUUUAAAUCCAACGCAACUACUUUUGUACAUGCAAGACGGUAUUCACCUCUGCACUAAAACACGAAACAGGUUAUUAUCGAAAAAGACUCAAUUGAAGAUGGGUUUAUAUGAAGGUUCCAUUCAACAUUUACAACAACUGAUUAAAACAACUAAUAAAAUCGAUCAUAACUUAUCGAAUUCUGAUUUGAACGUUCAUGAUAAACAAAAUUUUUCUUCAUGUCAACGAAUAUCCGAUGAUAAAGUAUUAAAUCUUCUAUUUUUAUAUGAUAAAUAUAAAGCUACGUAUAAUUAUUUAUUAAUGUUAAAUCUAAUGAUAACAGCUUAUACGUUACCGAAUAUUUCUUUAUUAGAUCGUAUUUAUUAUGCUUGGAUUAUUUUAUUUUACGUACGCUUAUGGCGUAUAUGGUUAUAUGUAACAAAAAAAAAUUCAAAAUCAUCAAUUAGAAAAUCUAAAACAAAAGAAAAAAAAAACAAUUUUAUUACUUCUAAUGCAUUAAUAUCUAUAGAAAUGAAUGCACAUUAUCUUAUAUAUUUAUAUUUAUUGAUCGAAGAAAAAAUCCUUCCUCAAUCAGCUUCAAAAUCAAUUCACUUAUUUUCUUCGCAAGCGUGCGAAAAUAUAUUUCGAGAUACUCGUUCAUUAUCAGGCACAUAUUCUACUAGAAUAAAUUUUACUAUCAAACAAUUUUUGAAUAGAAUUGAUAAAUUAAAUGCAUUAACAGAAUUAAAACAAUUCGAAUUAAACAAUACAGAUCAGAAAAUAAUAUUUCCAAUCCAUCAUAAAAUAAAAAGGCACGUUAUCUUACCAGAACACAAUAACAACAAUGAUGAAAUUGAUUAUAAUUUAGCAAAUAUAGAAGAAGUUAUAUUUGAUGCGUACAACUUAGCACAACAAAUGGCAACAUCAGUUGGAAUGAAUAUUCAUUUAGUUAAAAAGAAUCUAUUCAAUAUUGAAGAAUCUUCGCAAAUGGCAAAGAAAUUACUUAAUUGGAACAGUUUAACCGAAGAAGAAAUUCUCAUAAUUGAUGAAUGUGAUGAUCAAGAUACUACGGACAAAAAUGAUGAUGAUGAAGAUGAUGCUGAUGUGAACUGUGAAUAUGAAGAAGAUGAUAUCGAAGAAGAAGAAGAAGAUGUUGAUGAAGAUGGUGUUACUGAAGAUGUUGUUGAUGAAGAUAGAGGUGAUGAAGAUGGUGCUGAUGAAGAUAGGAUUGAUGAAGAUGGUGCUGAUGAAGAUAAUGUUGAUGAGGAUAAUGUUGAUGAAGAGAGUGCUGCUGAAGAUAGUGUUGAUGAAGAUAGUACUGAAGAAACAAGUACCAAUAUUUCUGAUUGUAGUUCAUUCGAAGAUGAUAUAGCAUCAACAGUUGAUUUUAAAAAUAUUCAAGCAACAUCUUUUUCAGGUGAUUUCUUGUGA